AUGGCUGCUUCUUCGAGUUUCACUGAUGACUUGGAAGCACAGUUAAMUUGUGCUAUWUGUAAUGAMAUCUUUACUGACCCAAGAACACURCCGUGUYUACAUACUUUCUGCUUCAACUGCAUCAAAAGUUGGAACRAGAMUUGCCAGAGAGACAGGAAGCAACUGAAAUGCCCAACKUGUAGAGCGGCCGUGAAAGUCGAGGGYGGUGACGUSUCGAUGCUCCCUUCCUCGUUCACUUUCACCUCGUUGAUUSAGUUAUUUGACUCAAUGAAAUUGAAAGYUGYCGAGAAAACUCAYCAACARCAGCUUACAGAGUGUGCGAAUUGCUCAAAUCGCAGUGURUUGGUUGGAUUUUGUCCUCAAUGCGAAGGAAWGAUUUGUAAYGAYUGCAUCARCCAUCACAAGACAUUGAAAACAUUGAAAAGAACMCAYCAAGCAACGCUUUUGAGUGAUUUCAAACAAGAAAAUCUCAACAGYUACAUCAACAAUCAARCGYUUUGYAAAGAGAAAUUCCACGACGGAGCACGUCUCGAAUAUUUCUGUAAAACKUGCAAGAAGUGCAUUUGCCAGAAAUGYGGCACAACAACRCACAGCAUUCAUGASAAGAUCAGCAUCGAGGAAGCUGCWGAGGAAGCUAAAAYWCUYAUYAGAAAAGAAAAAGAGCGAUURAAUGACMUKCUUGUGAAAUACAACAAAGAAUUAGAACUGUCUGAUGAAAAUAUGAGAAGAAUUCAACACGAAGCAGACAYKGCAAAGGCAAAAGUACRUAAUGAAACACAAGCCCUGAUCAAGAUUUUACAAGAUCACGAAGACGMUUCGAUWGCUACYAUAGACAARAUYCUWUUGGAACAAGCAGCAGCAAAUGUAGACGAGAAAGACGAKGUCAAUUSCARCAUCCRGCAAAUUUCUCAAUUGAAACAUCAGUGUGAAACAAUGGCCGAUGAAUUGAACUUGGAACACUUUAUAUUGGAAGGCUAUGAAAAUUUACAAGAAAUUUGUAAAACUACAGUAAAAAACAAAUCSAUCUUAUCAACCAAACCAGUCAAGCGCAACACAAGCCUGCAUUACAUUCCCAACCCGGAAAUCAACACUGAAAUGCAAAAGUUCAAGUUCGGUGAGGUGGUGGAAAGCGUGACAGACCCGUCACGUUGUUCUAUCGAGUCUGUAAGUAACGUCAGAUGUAGUUUUAUCAACGAAUUUAAAAUCGUGACAAGAAAUUCAGAAGGAAAUGUGUGCGAUACCAAUAAAGGUGUAAUUGAUGUACAAAUCAAAGACGUUGACGGCGACGAUGUACAGAAAGAACUGACCGAGACUGAAACUGGCAGAUUCUUAGUUAAAUAUAGAGCAGAGAAACCUUCACCGUACAAAGUUGUAGUGAGUAUUGGAGGAGUAGAGAUCAGCAACUCACAACAGAACAUUGAGACAAUUGAUGCUAAAGCAGAGUUAAAACCCUUGAGAUUAUUAAUUGAUUUGAAAGAGAUGUCCGCACCAAAUGCAUUUUCUGUAAGUGAUACUGGAGAAAUAGCUAUGAUCAAUAAUGAUGGUAAAGGGGAUUUCAGCGUAGUGUUGUUCAAUGCCGAUGGAGAGUAUGUUCGAGAGAUUGGUGGUGCAGGAUCUGGAGACGGUCAACUGAGUUUUCCAUGUGGAGUGAUCUUCAAUGAAGGCCAAAUACUUGUCAGCGACAAUGAUCAAGGUAAUAAGCCCUGUGGCUGUAUAAAGGAAUUUGAUAUCAAUGGUACUUACAACAGAACUCUUUGUAAACAACCUGAAAGAAUUGCGAUCACACGAAUGUGCAAAGUGAAUCCAAACAUCGCGUAUUUGAGCUUUAAUGACGAUACUAAUGACACAUUUAUAAAGUCGUUUGCUCAACACAAUGGUGAUCAUCUUCCUGACAUCAAACUAGAUGUCCCUAAUGAUGGUCAUGGGCACCCUGUGUAUUUAGCCUAUAAUAACAAUAAGUACUUUGUAACGUUUUUUAAAACAAACAGUGUUUAUGUUUUUAACGAGGAUGGUCGUCUGUUGUACAAGUUUGGAGAGAAAGGUAACAAAGAUGGCCAGUUUGAUGUCGUAGCUGGACUUGCCGUGUUUGGUAAAGAAAUGCUUCUUGUCUGUGAUCGUGAUAACCACUGCGUGCAAGUCUUCAGUCAAGACGGUCAGUUCAUAAGGUCCUUUGGUAGGUGUGGUUCAGGUCUUGGUGAAAUGGAUGGUCCUGUUAAUGUUGCUGUAACACCAGAUGGUCGAGUAAUUGUGCUUGAGUGUGAUGGAAAACGAGUUCAAGUUUGGAGAUAAUUUCUCGAAAUAAUAAACAGUUGACUUUGAAUCCUUAGAUUGACGUCAUGUAAAAACCCGCGUUUAAGAACACGCAUUUUUGAAGUUCAUCUUGAUUUAAUCUUCUCCGAUGUUAGGCAAAGGUCUAGAGUUUAGGCCUUCUGGGAAUACACAGACUUGGCCGACUCAAAUCAAAGAGAAUGCAAAUUUGUAGGUCUAUUGUUAUGAAGACAUUUUUUCAUGCUUUCGUUUAUUUUUAGAAAUAUCUCUGCGAUGACAGACUGUUGUCAACUAAAAACAGCGGUUGCCCGCUUUGAAUGGGAAAAACGCUUAACUGCACGGAGCCAGUACUUACCCGCUUAAAAGAACCUGCAAUUUUAGAACAUGUUAGCCUAAAAAUAUCAAUUUAGACCCCAUUUACAUAAGAACCUAUUUAGCCUAA